CGGCCGCGGUUGCGCGCACGGGCGGAGCGCGCGGGGAUCCUGUGAGGGGGCGGGGGCAGAAAGGAGGGGAGGGGAGAAGAAGCGGAGCGGGCGGCCUUCCCACCGACGGACCGACCGCCUCACGGGGAGGGGGAGGAGGAGGGGCCGCCGACCAAGCCCAGCCAGCGGCAUGGCGGCUGGGCGCGAGCCGCCGCCGCCGCUUCCUCCGCCGCUGCUGCUGCUUCUAUCUCCUCCUCGCUUCCCCGCCACCGCCCUCGCCCUGGCUGCCUCCCGAGCGCCGAGGCCCGUCGCCCACGACGACGACGUCGUGCUCCUGCCCCACUGACCGCCUGAGAGGAAGGAGAGCGCCAGAGGGAGGGAGGGAGGGGCAGCAGGCACGAGGGGGAGACCAGAGACCCCCGAUCGGCCCCCCGGCCAUGGAGCUCGCCAAGCCGGUCUUCCCCGCGCUGCCGCAGCCCAAAGAGGACUCUGAGGACUGGACAUAUCCAAUGAGAAGAGAGAUGCAGGAAAUUUUACCUGGGUUGUUCCUGGGCCCGUAUUCUUCAGCUAUGAAAAGCAAGCUACCUAUACUUCAGAAAUAUGGAAUUACCCAUGUAAUAUGCAUACGACAAAAUAUUGAAGCAAACUUUAUUAAACCAAACUUCCAGCAUUUAUUUAGGUAUUUAGUCUUGGAUAUUGCAGAUCACCCCAUUGAAAAUAUAAUCAGAUUUUUCCCGACGACUAAGGCAUUUAUUGAUGGGAGUUUACAAACUGGAGGAAAAGUUCUUGUCCAUGGGAACGCGGGGAUUUCUAGAAGUGCUGCCUUAGUUAUUGCAUAUAUUAUGGAAACAUUUGGAGUGAAGUACAGGGAUGCAUUUACAUACGUGCAAGAAAGAAGGUUUUGUAUUAAUCCCAAUGCUGGAUUUGUCCAUCAACUUCAGGAAUAUGAAGCCAUCUAUCUAGCAAAGUUAACUAUCCAGAUGAUGUCUCCUCGGCAGCUGGAGCAAUCACUGUCUGUCAGUACGGGAAGUCUGAAACGAACCCAUGAAGAGGAUGAGGAAAUCAGCAAUAUGCAAGCCGCAGCUCAGAACGGUUGACACCAAGGGCACUCUGGACUUGCUGGCUGGGAAUUUCUAUUCAUGGCAGCUGCUAACGUCAGCAAGAUGAACAACCAGAUCUAUUUUUUAUAUAUAUAAAAUGGGAGAUGAGUCCAACUUCCUUAUGCAAACCUGCCCCUCCAGUAGCACACCAGGCAACACGGUUAAGGGUAUUGGAUUCCUUUACUGACUAGAUGGCACUGAUUGUUUUGCUCCUUUUUUUACACUUUAUAGUUUUACCCUAAACCAAGACUUUGGACUUGCAAAGAGGUAUUAUUGCAAUAAUGCACUUUUCAUACUUGAAAUUUCUUUAUUUGUAUUGAUAAAGUUAUUACUUAAACAAAACCUGGGGGGGAAUGAUUUGUUUAUAAUGUUAUUUGUGUAAUUUAUAACAAGAGUCUUUAGUAAAAAAGGAAAAGAAUGAAAAGAAACAACUUCCUAAAAUUCACUGUGGGUUGUAUUUGUUUCAUUUCCCAAGUUUAAGCUUGAGGCAGAAGGAAACAAGUUUUAGUAGCCAUUGGAAAUCAUUGUUUUGGCUAUCAUGAAGUCGUAAGAGCAAACUCAAGGUCUCUUCCAGAUUAAAUGGCUGCUCUUUUCUCUAUCCUUUCUGGCUUUUCCCUGAAAGGCCUCCAAGACGAUAAAUUUUCCCCAGCUUUAUGAAAAUCCGCAAGAAUUGACUCCUAACAGGCAAAUGCGGGUGUACAGCCGUACUGCUGAACGUAGCCUUCUAGCCAUAUUGCCAGUAUUUUUAGUUUUCUGUUCUUCAAACCUUUACAGAUGACUCGUAAUUUACGUGAGGCUAAGGACUUGCAUGUAAAGCCAAAAUUACAUACAGUAAAGGUAAAGGGACCCCUGACCAUUAGGUCUAGUCGUGACCGACUCUGGGGUUGCGCGCUCAUCUCGCAUUAUUGGCCGAGGGAGCCGG